AUUUAGAUCAGAACAACUCAGUGGACAUAACAGGCAUGCACGAAAGCCAAUAACGAAUAAAAUAUUCUUGAUAUUCUGGUUUUCACAGCGAGUCAUCAACCAUUGGAAACUGAUACUCGAAGCAAUGGUGUCCGGAUCAUCAACUGACUCAUUCAGGAGAACACUUGACACUCAAAAACCUGCAAGAGAAGGACUAAUACAGAACUAUUAUGAAUUAUGUAAAUGUCAAAUGACAAAGGAACAAUUCAAUCUCAAUGGAAGAAAUCAUGAACUUAAUGAUGAUAAUCAUGAUUUUAGAAUUUUUGAACAACCUCCGUUGGAACAUAAACGUGAUAAUACAUUACAACAAUAUGUGGAACGUUAUGUGAAACAGUGCAAUCCAAGUAUUACUUUAACAAAACAAUAUUUCAAUAAUACACUCAGUGUAAAUAUUUCUGACAAUAAAGAUAUUGAAAGUAUAUUCAAAGUAUGGUCAACCAAACAUUAUCCUUAUAAUUGCAUUGUUUAUGAUUGUUCAUCCUAUAAACAGUUAGUUACUUAUGAUACGAGAAAUAUUGCUUGUUCAAUUGGUGAUUGUAAGAAGCAAAGUAAUUUAGGCAAUAUUAUACUAUGUAACUAUUUUCCAGGAGUAAGUAUGAACAAUCGACCAGAUGAAGCUUAUGAAGAUGAAUCAAAUACGAAUUCUUAUACUGUAACAACUGAAGUUCCUCCAGAAACUACUUCUUAUAUGCUUGAUCAUGGACGAUGUGAAUGUAUUUGUUAA